AUGUUAGUCCGAAGUCGUAAUAUUGUUAAACAACGGGCGCGAUGUUGGGGUUACUUGUGCAAUAUCGAACAUUUAAAUAUGCUGGUAUACAACCAGCAUAUUCGCGCCUAUAGCUUGCAAAAGAACAGCUAUAGUGAGGACAUGCAGAGUUGGGUGAAAGACACUUCGAAAGAUAGCUCAAAAGAUACUUCGAAAAUCCAGUUUUCUAAGAAGCAAGAACUAUUAGAUGACUUCGUUACCUCGUAUACGUCCCAGAAGAGCAGCAAUAUGGAAUCUACAGUAUCAGAUAGUGAUUUCGGCAAUUUUUGGAAGACAAGGUUCCUAACUGGUGAAUUAAAACUUGUAGAAGAGGUAAUUAAUCUCAGAAGAUCCUCCGAGCUGAAAUUUAAUUUCAACCAGCUAAUGAUUCUUCUACAAUCGCUCAAGAAUUCAAAAAGAUUUUAUGAAAUAAAUCAGCUAUACAAGGCUUAUUAUGCUGAUUUAGAGAACUUACAAUUGGAUCCAUCAGAUAAAACAUAUCGGGAAUUUUUAAAGAUAAUAAUACUAGCUGCAUCAAAAACCAAUGAAUCAGACAUUGUGGAGAAUCUAUUCAGAAUAUAUAUAAAGUAUCCUGCCGUCGAGGCAAGAUACAUAACAAUUGGCAUGAAGGCAAUGCUUCAGAAUAAUAAUUAUAUUAUGGCAAGGCAAUUCUACAAUUACAUGUUGUUGAACCAAGAAACGUUCCCAUUAGUUGAAGAACAUCUUCGCACGUUUUUAAAACACACAAUAAAAAACAAUGAUCUGGUUACAUUAAAAGAAGUAUUCAAAAGGUGGGUGGAUGAAGCUAACAAAUUGCCAUCCUAUAAAACUAUUGCGGGGGUACACAUUGCAUUUUUGAAGUUUAACUGCAACAGCGGUGAACAGCACUGGGAAGAGAUAAAGUUACAUCCAAAAAUCCUAGGUAGUGGUUAUAACGAAAGCGAUUACCGCAUUGUAGCAGAAUUCGUUUUGAAGGUUUAUAACAAUUCCUGGCCCGAAAACUCCAUAUUAACGAAACUGAACGAACUAUUACAAGAUACAAAUCCUGAAGUAAGCGCAAGAGGAUACCUUUAUCUGUUGUUACUGCGACACUUUGCAGAUAUUUGUGACUUUGGUAAUCUGAAAGGUUUGCUAUCAAUGAUACAGUCAGAUGUCGAUAUUAAACUUGGAACCCCACACCAUUACGCUGCAUGUACCUACUUUGUAAAAAAUGGGCUACUGCAAGACUUGAUGUUAUACUUAAAGACGUUUCUGAUAAAAAGCCCAACUAAUAACAGCAUGAACUUUACAGCACAGACAUGUCACCAGAUAUGGACUUGUUCCAUGCAAGCUUAUCCAAUGCUUUAUAAGGAAUUUGAAAAUGAAUUCAAGCUUCUCUAUAGUAAUAGUUGGUAUAGGCGUACCUUUCCAUGGCUUGAAGCUACGGUUAAUAAUCUAGUAACGGUAUCACAUCCGACUUCUGGUGACAAGAUCAUGUACCGCAGAAGUAAGGAUAAUAAUGAUUCUAAAAUACUGUCACGGGUGGAGUCGCACAUUAAUCGAGGGAAGCUUGGUCAGGUAAGGCGAUUGAUAACCAAUCAGAUGAAGCUUGGUAUUAAGCCAAGUUUUAAAGUUUACUACUACCUAUUAAGAUACUGUGUUGACAGUGGCAACAAAUCUUUGGCUAAAUUUUUGAAUAGCAAUUUGCGUUUAACUUACAGUAAAAUACCAUUAACGGUAGAAAUCGUGAAUCUUAGAAUUCGUCUUUAUGAAAUUAUGAAGGAUGGCGUGGCCGAAACCCAGUGUAAAAUAUCUGCUAUCCAUGCUGCCCAACGAGAAAUUGUACAAUUUAUAAAGGAUAAUGAGGCCUGUUUGGAUUUUGAGAACCAUAUGCAACUUGCUCUGCUGUGUUCCAGGUACCAUAUAAAAAAUGUAGCGGAGCAACUAUUGCUUAGAGGUAAGGACCUCAUGGACAUUAAGAAUAAAAAACAAGUAUACGUUUUUUACAGAACAGCUUUUAUGGUGUAUGUGCGACAGAAUGCCGCUGAAAAAUUCCUACAUGCUAUAAAAGAGCAUAACAGCCUUUCUGAGGGAAAACUAAUCACCAAGUAUUUUAUAGCACUUACUAAACGUCAUAUUAAUUGUCUGCAUUCAAAGGGAGCUGAUGAGAAAAUCUUUAAUGAAUUGCGUGUUGAGCAAGAAAAACUACGCAUUGCUUACGCAGCCAAUAAGUUAGAAGGUUUGGAAAAGAUGUUAGAAUUGACAAAACUUCUCAGAGCCUGGUUAGACGACUUGGUCUAUCAUAAGCAAAAGUAUUUACUUGAAGCGCAGAAGAAGAAAAUUAACCAGAAGCAACUACACUGUCAGAAUCAGGCGGAAGCGGCAGUUCAGCUGCCCAACACUUGUAAAUAA